GCAGCAUCAACUUUGAACCUGUUAGAGAGUCUGGGUUUCUUGGUCAACUACAAGAAAUCCCAAUUGGUUCCCAGUCAGCAACUAGAAUUUUUAGGUUUGUUAAUAGAUUCCAGGGGCCUUACCCUUCAAUUACCAGGGGAGAAGUUAAGAAAAAUUCGAAAACGUUGCCAAAAGCUGCAAGAUCAGGCAGAGGUCUCAAUACGGGAAUUGUCAAAAUUCCUGGGCCUCCUGACAUCCUCCAUUCAGACCGUUUUCCCAGCUCCCCUCCAUUUCAGAAAUCUACAGAGACUGAAAACCAAGCAAUGGCUUCUCACCAAUCUUACGAGGCCAUGAUUUCUCUGGAUCAAGCAUCCCGGGAAGAGAUAGCUUGGUGGAGGGAUCACCUCCUAGCAUGGAAUGGCAGAGCGCUGUUCCAAAAACCAAUCGAUCUGAUCAUCGAGACCGAUGCAUCUCGAAAGGGUUGGGGGGCAUACUGCCAGGGCAUCAGUACAGGGGGUCCUUGGUGCUUGGAAGAAAAGAGAUUGCACAUCAAUUGCCUCGAACUCCUAGCAGGGUCAUUGGCUAUCAAGACCUUCACAAAGGACAAGGUUUGUGCACAUGUGAAGUUGCUAAUGGACAAUACAGCAGCUGUAGCAUACAUAAACAAAGUGAGGGGAACUCACUCUCAGGGCCUAUCGAAUUUAGCUUUAGACCUAUGGGAGUGGUGCAUUCACAACAACAUGGAGGUUUCUGCUCACCAUCUUCCAGGGCAUCUAAAUAUAAGAGCAGACAGGGAAUCACGUCUCUUACUAGAUUCCAGCGACUGGAAACUAAACCCCGUAAUGUUUCAGUCUCUGGUGAUGAAUUGGGGUCCCUUAGAGAUAGACCUCUUUGCAUCACGUCUAACUUAUCAGCUGCCACAGUUUGUCAGUUGGAGACCGGACCCCCUAGCAGUACAUUCAGAUGCAUUCUCGAUCAGUUGGCAGAACAGGCAGGGGUAUGCCUUUCCCCCAUUUGCUUUGAUAGGUCGAUGUCUACAGCAGGUAAUGACUCAGAAUGUCGAGCAGUUAAUCCUUGUAGCUCCAUUAUGGCCAGCUCAGCCAUGGUACCCAUUGCUGCUUCAUCUGUGCAUAGACCUCCCAGUGUUAUUUCCCAUGUCCCCAACACUUUUAAUGAGGGACAACCAGCCUCACCCUCUAACCAGUCUGCAACUGGCUGGUUGGAGACUGUCAGCCAACGUUAUGAAACAGCAGACAUUUCGGAGUCAACUCGAAACAUUUUGUUGGCAGCCUGGAGAAAGAACACCUCAUCUACUUAUUCAUCAUCCUGGAAUAAGUGGGUUAGCUGGUGCCUAUGGCUGGUGUGAUAGGCGGAAAGUCAAUCCUCUUUCAGCACCCUUAAGUGCAAUCUUAAAGUUUCUUAAGGAUCACUUUGAAGAGGGGAAAGCAUAUAGGACUCUAAAUGUGUAUCGUUCAACUGUAUCAACUCUUUUACCAGAGAUUGAUUCAUUUAGGGUGGGGUCUCACCCAUUAGUUUCUCAACUGUUAAAAGGUGUUUUCCAUCUAAGACCACCUGAACCACGGUACUCGUAUACUUGGAAGGUUGGGACUGUAAUAGCCUUUAUUAGAUCCCUGGGUAAAAAUGAGAAUUUGGAUCUCAAACUGUCAUCAUUUAAGUUAGUAAUUAUGCUGGGGCUUACGGCUCCAGAUAGAUCUUCAGAUCUGGUUAAGAGAGAUCUACGAUUCCGUACUUCCUUCCUGAAGGAGUGUCCUUCGAGUUACCUGGUUUGUCCAAGACUUCUAAAGUGGGAGAUUCCCCAAAGCUUAGUUUUCAUGCAGCUUUUCCUCAGGAUAAGAAUUUAUGUCCUGUGGAGUGUUUAAAAUCUUAUGAAUAUAAAACUAGAGAGUCCAGACCAAAGGACAAUACACAACCUAAUCCUUUGUUUUCUAUCGCAUAUACGGCCUUUUAAACCGGUAUCUUCAUCUACGUUGGCCAGGUGGAUAAAACGUUUAUUAAGUCUAGCUGGUAUUGAUACAGCGAUUUUUUCUGCACAUUCAUUAAGGGGUGCCGCUACAUCGGAAGCAUUAAAUCAAGGGGUUGCUGUUCCCGAGAUUUUGAAGAUGGCAGAUUGGCCGCAGGAAAAUACAUUUUGCAAAUUUUAUUAUAGACCGCAUUUUAACUCGUCACCUGGUAAAGCAGUUUUGUCGAGUAGUAUAAAUUAAUGUGGGCUUUAAACAUGCAUUGUUAAAUUGAAGUCGAGUAUCUCGAAAUAUAAUUUUAGAUUAUGCAAGUCUGUUUUAACAGAUGCGGUAUAAUAUUAAUUAUAUGAGAUGCGAGACGAGAUUUAACAAUGCAUUCCCGCCACGUUGUUUCCCUCCCCAUGCAUUGUUGUUAUGGGAUAUUGUUUCUUUGCCUUAUUUAGGUCGUUUACAAAAAGACGAGAAGCAGGCGCAGGUCAGCGGACUGUGUAA